UCAAACACAGGCGAUCUUUUUCAAAAUUCAUAGAUUGGCUUUUAUACGGCUGUGCACGGCGGCGCUCCGCUGCCAGUAACGGCCAUUGAACCGAAGCGAGGAAUAUAAAAAAAAAUCUGAGGGAAAACCGGAGAGCGGCGGCUAGCCGGCCGGGGACACGACAUUAGGGAAAGAGAAGGAAGGGAAGGAUGGAGGAGGAGUGUUGGGGGGAGGCAUGAGAAUUUGGGCAGGCGAUAUAGAUCAAGGGGCGAAGUGUGGUCAGCAGUAGCCGAGAAACAUGCCCGAUCCACCCCGUGCGCUCCCCCACUACUAGUGUUGGCUCGACGUCAGAUGCUGUGCGGCAGUGCAGCAGGAGGAGCUCGGGCUGGCGAGGCUGCUGAGACCGCCGCUUCGCUCACUCGCACUCUCACUUGGUCACGCUGGAUCUCCACACACCUCCGCUGCUCUCCCCCUCUCACCCCCCUCCAAUCUCCGCCUGUGUCUUUCAGUAGAUGGAUCUCCUCAAGCUCUGCCCUGCCUAACAUGGAUGCCCAGCCACCUCCACCACCACCACCUCCACCAUCAUCUUCCUCAGCUGAGUCGGAGGGCUGUUUCUUCUUGGCGCAGUGAGCUGGACACGCAGUGCUCUUUUUUUUCUUUUUUUUUUUUUUCUUUUUUUGCUUAAUGGAUGUGGGGAAAGCGUUGCCCAACCCGCCGGUGGUGCCCAGCCGCCUUGAUUCACGUUAAAGGGUUGAAAGAGAAAAUAAUUCUGGGGAAUAUACCGAUUCAGGGAAUAACAAUCCUGUGCACCACACACAAGCACCAUGAAGAUUACCUCCCUGCUGAUACUUAAUGCGAGAGUCAGGUGCACCAUCAGGCUUCUACUGCUGCUAUUACACUGUGUGGGAUAUUCUCAUGGGAUGCCACACGUCUUGAGAUUCGGGGGGAUAUUUGAGUCCAUUGAAAGCGGCCCGUCAGGUGCUGAGGAACUAGCCUUUAAAUUUGCUUUAAACACAAUCAACAGGAACAGAACCCUACUGCCAAACACCACGCUCACCUACGACAUCCAAAGGAUAAACAUCUAUGACAGCUUUGAAGCCUCCAGGAAAGCCUGCGACCAGCUUUCUCUGGGGGUGGCGGCCAUCUUCGGCCCCUCUCACAGUUCCUCAGCGAAUGCAGUCCAGUCGAUUUGCAAUGCCCUGGGGGUGCCACACAUCCAGACCAAGUGGAAGCACCAAGUAUCGGACAACAGAGACGUCUUCUAUGUCAGCCUCUAUCCGGACUUCUCUUCCCUCAGCCGGGCCAUCUUGGAUCUGGUCCAUUUCUUCAAGUGGAAGACGGUCACUGUGGUUUAUGACGACAGCACUGGUCUGAUUCGGUUGCAAGAACUCAUAAAGGCGCCAUCGCGGUACAACAUUCGGUUAAAGAUCCGGCAGCUACCUGCAGAGACCAAGGAUGCUAAGCCGCUGUUAAAAGAGAUGAAGAGGGGGAAGGAGUUCCACAUCAUCUUUGACUGUGGCCACGAAAUGGCUGCUGGGAUCCUGAAGCAGGCUCUCGCCAUGGGGAUGAUGACAGAGUAUUAUCACUAUAUCUUCACCACACUGGAUUUGUUUGCGCUGGACGUGGAGCCUUACCGAUACAGUGGUGUGAAUAUGACAGGCUUCAGGAUCCUCAACACUGAGAACAGCCAGGUGGCUUCCAUCAUUGAGAAAUGGUCCAUGGAGCGACUGCAGGCUCCACCCAAACCUGACUCUGGUCUACUGGACGGCUUCAUGACCACGGACGCCGCACUGAUGUACGAUGCCGUGCACGUGGUGGCCGUGGCUGUGCAGCAGUCUCAGCAGAUCACUGUCAGCUCAUUACAGUGCAACCGACACAAGCCCUGGCGCUUCGGGAACCGCUUCAUGGCCCUCAUCAAAGAGGCCCACUGGGAUGGCCUGACUGGGAGAAUCACUUUCAACCGGACCAAUGGCUUGAGGACAGACUUCGACCUCGAUGUCAUCAGUCUGAAGGAGGAGGGGCUUGAGAAGAUUGGUACCUGGGAUCCUCCAAGUGGCCUAAACAUGACGGACAACCAGAAGGGGAAGACAACCAAUGUUUCUGAUUCCUUAUCCAACCGGUCCUUGAUCGUCUCCACCAUACUGGAAGAGCCAUAUGUGAUGUUCAAGAAGUCUGACAAGCCACUGUAUGGGAACGACCGCUUUGAGGGCUACUGCAUAGACCUGCUGAGAGAGCUGGCCAACAUCCUGGGGUUCACUUACGAGGUCCGCCUGGUGGAGGAUGGGAAAUACGGGGCACAGGAUGAGAACACGGGCCAGUGGAACGGCAUGGUCAAGGAGCUAAUGGACCACAGAGCUGAUCUGGCAGUGGCUCCCCUCGCCAUCACAUACGUGCGCGAGAAGGUUAUCGACUUCUCUAAGCCCUUCAUGACGCUGGGUAUAAGUAUACUGUACCGCAAGCCCAACGGGACCAACCCUGGGGUCUUCUCCUUCCUCAACCCUCUCUCGCCUGAUAUCUGGAUGUAUAUUCUGCUGGCUUACUUGGGUGUCAGUUGUGUGCUGUUUGUCAUAGCCAGGUUUAGUCCCUACGAGUGGUAUAACCCCCACCCUUGCAACCCUGACUCGGAUGUAGUGGAAAACAAUUUCACCCUGCUAAAUAGUUUCUGGUUCGGAGUUGGAGCUCUCAUGCAGCAAGGAUCUGAGCUCAUGCCGAAAGCCCUCUCCACCAGAAUUGUAGGAGGAAUCUGGUGGUUUUUCACACUCAUCAUCAUCUCCUCCUACACGGCGAACCUGGCCGCCUUUCUCACUGUGGAGAGGAUGGAGUCGCCCAUUGACUCUGCUGACGAUCUAGCCAAGCAGACGAAGAUAGAGUAUGGGGUGGUAGAGGACGGCGCCACCAUGACCUUCUUCAAGAAAACCAAGAUCUCCACGUAUGAUAAGAUGUGGGAGUUCAUGAGCAGUCGAAGGCACUCAGUGAUGGUGAAAAACAUUGACGAAGGCAUUCACCGUGUGCUCACCUCAGACUACGCAUUCCUCAUGGAGUCCACCACUAUUGAGUUUGUCACCCAGCGCAACUGCAACCUCACCCAGAUUGGAGGGCUCAUUGACUCCAAAGCCUACGGGGUUGGCACCCCAAUGGGCUCUCCAUACCGAGAUAAGAUCACUAUUGCCAUCCUGCAGCUUCAGGAGGAAGGGAAGCUGCACAUGAUGAAGGAGAAGUGGUGGAGAGGAAAUGGCUGUCCGGAGGAAGAAAGCAAGGAGGCCAGUGCCCUCGGGGUGCAGAACAUCGGAGGGAUCUUCAUCGUCCUGGCUGCUGGACUUGUCCUUUCCGUGUUCGUGGCGGUGGGAGAGUUCCUCUACAAGUCCAAACAGAACGCACAACUUGAAAAGGCCCAAUGGCGACAACGAGAUAAGAAACAGGUCCUUCUGCAGUGCCAUGGUGGACGAACUGCGGGUUUCCCUCAAGUGCCAGCGCCGGCUCAAACACAAGCCCCAGCCGCCCGUCAUGGUGAAAACGGAGGAGGUCAUCAACAUGCACACCUUCAACGACCGCAGACUGCCAGGGAAAGAGACCAUGGCCUAAAAUGGGAAUCUCAAUCACUUUUUCAGCCUCUCUCCUGCAGUGAGGAGGUGUGCAGAGACACUGGGGAAACGGGUGGGGGUAAAUGGUAAAGGGGGAGGGUGGGGUGGCGAUGGUUAACAGUUGGGUUAUUUUGAAGGUAGUGCAGAGGUGCUUGGGAGUAUAUUGACAAAAUGUCAUUCUUGUUUCUUUAUAAAUAGCUAGGGAUAAGAGAUUCAACAAUAUUUCCUGUGGAAAUAACGAACCUGGGUGAAAUUUCAGCGAGUUACCUCAGUACUCUUACCACCUCGGCAAGGCGCCAAACUACAGGUGCCAAGAUUUUCAAAACCCAGGAGUCAAAGAGAAAUGGUCUGGAAACAAAUUUAAGGUGGGGCAGAGGUGGUCCCUUAAAAGAGUAGAAAAAAAGAAUUGGACCUAUCAUGUUAAGCUGCUGCUCAGUCAGUCUUUCACUGCACAGCACCAAAGAGGCUGGUCGAGCAGCAUUAAGAGCAUCUCAGAGAUUAUGAGCCAAUAUAGAGAUGCUCACUGGGGGAACGGGGAGAAAAGUUUAUACAGGAUUGCUUAUUUUCAAAAGUUGUGAACAGAUCAACAGCAUGGGCUCUCUCAAAUUAAACCCAAAGCCCUGACGACGAAGGCGAGCUCCCAAAAUGUACAGAGAGGUUUUGCAUAGUCACAUAUGAUAUUGAUCGACACAAAAACGGAUAUACUGUAUAUCAUCCAUCAGGCAAUAAGUGAUAUAAUUUAUUUGUGUUUCAGAGUACUAACACUUUUAGUCUUUAAUGUAGGGGUUGGGGUGGGGGAGGGGGGCAACUGGUGAAGUACAAGCAGAGAAUGCAGGAGUAGGGGCAAUAUAUAGUGAGCUGUUGAUGUCCAUGUAUCAGCCAGUAGUCACUCAAAGAGGAUCCUAUGGAGGUACACACUCUGUCAAUAAGGAUGAACCUUGGAAUGGUGUGGGCAUGGCUCACCAAGUCUAAAUUCAUAGCAAUCACACGACACACAAACUCUAUUUAUUCAAAGUAUUUAUUCUUUUUAUUUAUGAAACUCCUUAUUUAUUAUCUCAACGGACUGGAUUUUCACUACUGCCGUAAGUACACCUCACUUCAACUCUGUAUGGGUAUACACAGUUUCUUUCCAUUUGCUCAAUGUCAAGUCUCCAGUUUCAUUUUGUACUCCUGUGGCUUCUUUUUUUUUCUCCUUUCUUUGGCAGUAAAGCUCCACAUUUACUUGUGCAAAUGCAAUUUCUAUGAAAAAGUGUUUUUGUACGAAGAGAAUCAAAAUUUUGUAAUGAUUUUUAUUGACACGAAACGCACCACGAGGAGUGUCAUCCGUGGCAGAGGGGUGGUACUCCAGGCCGGUAGUUCAGGAGGCUUUCCUAAACACUAGACAGAGCGAACACACACAUGCGAACACACAUAUACACACACACACACACACACACACACAUACAAACACCAAGAGUGCAGGGUGCACCCAUCCUCCAUGGAGCAGAUUCACACCAAUUAGUACUAUUAGUACAACUAUUAGUACAGAGAAUUCUGGUAAGCAUCAGUGACAUAAUGUUUUGGAGAAGAAGAAAAAAAUGAACUAUUUUUAUCAUGUAAAGGAAUCAUAUUUAAAGAAAGAUAUUUUUACUUCACAUGAAAGAGUAAUACUACUGGUUAGAGCAAAUUAUAUAGUGUACACACACGGGAAGGGAGGAAGAUUGCUGAUGAUGCUUAUCAUUCUACACCCCUGAUUACUGAUAGACUGCUAGAAUCCAGUGCUGAGCAAUCGUGUGUAAAUGGUUUUAAAAUGGAAAAAGAUGUAUUAAAAAAAUAAUGAACACUUAACUAAUUUUGAACUUGUUGUGAAAACAAAAUGGA